AAUGUAAAUGAAAAUCUUUUAUCGGGAUCGCAUAAAUAUAUUUUAGUUUUAUUUAUAUUUAUUUAAUUUUUAUAACUGUAGUAAAGGCAAAAAUUCUAGUGUUUGUUGGACACAUAGAAAAUCCAUAGUUGCAAUUAUCUAAUUCCAGGAUGGAAAACGAUGUGGUCGCUCACGUAUCAGGUAGCAGUGAUCUGGGAUGGAGGCGGAACUGUGGCUGUCUCAAGACCAGCGACAAGCUGAAGAAUAUGCUGGCCAGGUUCCCAGUGCCACCACCACCCACGCCUGUACCGGAUAUCAGUAAACCAACUUCGUUGAACAACACAUGCUGCAUAUCUGCGUAUUGUACACGAGUUCAUCAUCCGCUGUUUCGCCAAACAGCGUAUGAAGAUAAUCAGACAAAUAAAACGAAGCAAAUCGAAAGACAACCUACAGAGAGAAGGGACCGCAGGACCUGGCGAGUUAUAGGUGAGUUGGUGCAGUUGUUACAGCUGUCGGUAACAGCGACAGCGCUGGCCUUCUACUACGUCAUCUACUGCUACAUGCAGCUGGUGUACUACACGCUCUGGAGCGCUAUCUACUUCCACAACGCUGACGGACCUAUGAAGAUUACAAUUGGCAUCGUGACAAUAACUUCGUUGAUAAUUGGGUUCAAUUUAAUUGUGAAAUUUGAAAGAUACAUAGGCUUGUUUCAAUAAGUUAAAAAUUCAUUGUUUUUGGGUUUGAAAUAUGUCCUUCACUGAUCUGUUUUAAGAUCAAAUACUGUGAAAUAGAAUUAAAUUGAUUUCUACAUAUAGAA